ACGAGCGGCGGCUGGGGUGGCGGGUCCUGAGGCCAGCGAGAGCAACAGCGAUUUUCUAUUUUGUACAUACACUAUUUUGUAUAUACUGUAAUGAUGACUUCAGUGAGCAGUGACCGUUGCCGAAGUGCUCGGGAAAAAACACAUAUUUCAUCAACACAGGCAACACAACCACAGAAACAAGUGGUCCAGGCAACAGCUGAACAAAUGCGUCUUGCUCAAGUGAUCUUUGACAAGAAUGAUUCAGAUUUUGAAGCUAAAGUUAAACAGCUUAUGGAAGUGACGGGGAAAAACCAGGAUGAAUGCAUAGUGGCCCUACAUGACUGCAAUGGAGAUGUGAACAAAGCUAUCAACAUAUUGCUGGAAGGGAAUUCUGACACGACUUCAUGGGAGACCGUAGGGGGGAAGAAGAAGAAUUUUGGAAAAGAAAGUUCAGAAAACAAAGAGAAUAGAGAGAAGAGAAGUGAGAGAGAAGCAAAUCGUGGACGAGGAAACAACAACCGGAAGGGAAGAGGUGGCAAUCGUGGGAGAGAGUUAAGAAGUGAAGAGAAUGGAGUCGAUUGCAAUCAAGGGGACAAACCUUCAGACCGAAACAAGAGAGUCCGUAGUAGAGGAUUUGGACGUGGCAGAGGAAGAGGAGCAGGAAAAUUCUCAACCCAAAGCAUGGGGACAUUUAACCCUGCAGACUAUUCAGAUUCUACACCAACAGAUGGGUGUGGAACAAAAGUAGUAGUUUGGGAAGCUGCUCAGAAUGGUACAGAUGAGGGGACUGAACUAGCAGCAAAUGUUCACAGUAUAGUUCAGGAUCUGCCAAACAAAAGUUCUUAUGGACUCAAAGGGGCCUGGAAGAAUUCUGUAGAGGAGUGGACAACAGAAGACUGGACUGAAGAUCUGUCUGAAACAAAGGUGUUCACUGCCUCAUCUGUUCCAGCAGAGAACCACAUUACAGCUGGGCAAAGCAUUGAUCUGGUAGCCUUGCUCCAGAAGCCUGUUCCUCCCAGGCAAGCCUCAGAAGCCAACUCCUUUGAAACUUCCCAACAGCAGGGCUUUGGACAAGCCCUUGUCUUCACAAAUUCUCAGCACAACAAUCAGAUGGCACCAGGGACUGGCAGCUCCACUGCUGUCAACUCCUAUUCUUCUCAGAGUCUGUCAUCCGUCCUUGGUUCAGGAUUUGGAGAGCUUGCACCAUCAAAAAUGGCAAACAUCACCAACUCCCAGAUUUUGAACCAGUUGAAAACUCCAAAUUUGGGUCAGUUUACCAGUACCUCAAGUUCACAGCAGAAUAGUACGAGUCCCCCAACAACUACUACUUCUUGGGACCUCAAGCCCUCAACAUCCGAGCCUUCAGUCCUCAGUCAUUUUGACUUUAAAUCUCAGCCUGAGCCAUCCCCAGUUCUUAGCCAGUUGAGCCAACGACAGCAGCACCAGACCCAAGCAGUCACUAUUCCUCCUCCUGGUUUGGAGUCCUUUCCUUCCCAGGCAAAACUCCGAGAAUCAGCGCCUGGAGACAGUACCUCUACUGUGAACAAACUUUUGCAGCUGCCCAGCAUGGCUGUCGAAAAUAUUGCCGUGUCUGCCCACCAACCACAGCCCAAACACAUUAAACUUCCUAAGCGGCGGAUACCUCCUGCUUCUAAGAUUCCAGCAUCUGCAGUGGAAAUGCCUGGUUCAGCCGAUGUCACAGGAUUAAAUGUUCAGUUUGGAGCCCUGGAAUUUGGAUCAGAAUCCUCUCUGUCUGAAUUUGGAUCAACUCCAAACAGUGAAAAUAGUAAUCAAAUUCCCAUCAGCUUGUAUUCGAAGUCUUUAAGUGAUCCUUUGAAUACCCCUUUGUCAAUGACCAGUGCAGUACAGAACUCCACCCAUACAACUUCAGUGGUUACCUCCUCCAGUCUGACCAGCUCAUCCCUGAGUUCCACUAGUCCAGUAACAACGUCUUCCUCCUAUGACCAGAGUUCUGUGCAUAACAGGAUCUCAUACCAAAGCUCUGUGAGUCCAUCCAAGUCAGCUCCAGGAACUGUCACGAAUGGACAUAGUGGUGAUCGAAGUCAGCAAACACUGGACACUACUUCAUCCGUUCCAGCUCCAAAGACAACAGACCCUCCUCCUGCCCUCCCAUCGGUGGGCUCCCUGCCCAGCACCACCUCGUGUCCUGCGCUUCCACCCUCUGCAUCCCAGCACACUGCCACUUUGCCCUCCUUGUCCCAGCCUGGUGACCUGUCCAACAGUCCCCUCUCUCAGCUUAGCAGUUCACUGUCCAGUCAUCAGAGCAGCCUCUCCUCUUCGCACGCAGCAUUGUCCUCAAGCACGUCAUACACACAUGCCAGUGUCGAGAGUACCCCUUCCCUCCAAUCCUCCGCCACCUUCUCCACGGCAACAACCUCUGCUUUAAGCACCACGUCUGCAGGUGGCAGCCUGCCCAAUAGCAUGAACACCGUGAACAGCCUCUGCCUGGGUGGGACCACCAUUAGUGCACCCAACAGCAGCACCAGGGCCACACCCCUGGUGACCUCAGGCAAAGCACCCCCAAACCUUCCCCAGGGCGUUCCCCCGCUGCUGCACAACCAGUACCUCGUGGGUCCUGGAGGACUGCUUCCUGCCUACCCGAUCUAUGGCUAUGAUGAGCUUCAGAUGCUACAGUCACGGCUGCCAAUGGAUUACUAUGGAAUUCCCUUUGCUGCUCCCACAGCCCUUGCCAGCCGAGACGGGAAUCUACCUAACAAUCCAUAUUCAGGUGAUGUCACGAAGUUUGGCCGAGGUGACUCUGCAUCCCCUGCACCCUCCACCACACUUGCUCAGCCACAGCAAAGCCAAUCACAGACCCACCACACAGCCCAGCAGCCCUUUCUGAAUCCUGCGCUGCCACCUGGCUACAGUUACACCGGCCUCCCCUACUACACAGGCAUGCCCAGUGCCUUCCAGUAUGGGCCCACCAUGUUUGUCCCUCCAGCCUCAGCCAAGCAGCAUGGGGUGAACCUCAGCACUCCCACCACCCCUUUCCAGCAGGCCGGUGGUUAUGGCCAGCACAGUUAUGGCACAGGUUAUGAUGACCUGACCCAGGGGACGGCGGCAGGAGACUACUCCAAGGGUGGCUAUGGCGGAUCAUCACAGGCAGCAAACAAGUCUUCAGGUUCUGGGCCUGGCAAAGGCGUAUCAGUGUCAUCAAGUACCACUGGCCUACCUGAUAUGACUGGUUCUGUCUAUAACAAGACUCAGACUUUUGAAAAGCAGGGAUUUCAUGCAGGGACCCCUCCACCUUUCAGCCUACCCUCGGCCUUGGGCUCCACUGGCCCCCUAGCCCCUGGAGCAGCCCCUGGCUAUGCGCCCCCACCGUUCCUGCACAUCUUGCCAGCCCACCAGCAGCCCCACUCACAGCUGCUGCACCACCUCCCACAGGAAGCUCAGAGUGGCUCGGGUCAGCGCAGCCAGCCCAGCUCCCUGCAGCCCAAGUCUCAAGCCUCCAAACCUACCUACAGCAACUCUCCAUACUGGACAAACUAAACCCUGGAGGGAUGGUGGGCCAAGGCAAGAGAACAAACACAUGGAGCACAUUUCUGGUAGCCCAGUGCUCUUUCCUAGUUUCUGAGACAUGUAACUGGGUUAGCUGAGCCUCUGUGGGGAGCCUGCCUUCUAGUCUCGCUGUUGUAUGUAAUGUAUUUAUGUAUGUAUUUGUAAAUGUGACGGAAGUCUUGGGGAGUGGGGGUGCAGCUGUUAGCCAGGUCUGCUCUCCCCAUGUUAAGCCCCUUCUUAUAGUAGCAAAAUAAGCCCCCUCCCCUGUCCCCUUCUGCCUUCAAGCCUACUCCAUAUAGCCCCCCUGCCUUGUGGGCUCCUAGGGGCUGUCUCUGGGUGGGAAAGCUAGUUCAAGGCAGUCUGGGUACUGGGGCCAGGUACCAAUGAAGAAUCACGACUUUUACCAUACUCCCUUGUAAACCAUACCAUAUUUGAGUUUUCUUCCUUGUGUAAUUUUUUUUUUUUUUUUUUUUUUUUUUUUUUUUUUUUUGAGAAACAACCUUUUGUCACUUGUCAUAGUCCCCUUCCACCAAAUCUUGGUCUGGGAAUAGCAGAGAUUCCCCUGCCCAACAUAAAACUGGAUACCUGAUUUGUCUUUAUAUAGACAUUUGGGGGCUUCUGGUCUUGCUCCCAGAGAUUUUCCUUCCUCUGGCUGACAAUUUGAAAACUGAGCCCUAAUUCAGAAAUGUUCUGCCAGUAAGCCCCCCUUAAAAAAUCAAAUGUAGGUUUUCACCUCAGUGAGAGCACAUCUCCAAGCCAAGGCUCCUCUAUUCCAGUUGUCCUAAACGAGGUAGGCAGCUGUUUCAGGGGUUUUCUCUUGCCAGAACUCCACCUAAUAAAAUUCUGAGAGCAUG